AUGGGGAACUAUGGAGAUACGGAGCUUGACAUAGAAUGGGUAAAUAAUUUGGCUUGGUAUGGUAAAGCUGUGAGAAGCGAUGGUUUUAUAUGCGAGGUACAUCCAGGUGAGUUAUCUUCAUAUGGCAUUUGGGAGAAAGUUCUUUUCAACAAAGUUCGUCUUCACAUUUGGCGAUAUCCUCUUCCCAAUCUCGAGCUUGUCAUCUUGUCUGUGUUCUUCCUUUGGCAAGUCUUUGAUAUUUUGUUCAAGAAAUUAGGUCUUUUAAUUCCAAAGUUCGCCUCUAUGAUGCUUGCGGGGCUACUCUUGAACGUUCUACUUACUGUUUCGGGAGACAAGUCCAUUGUUCAGGAGAUUUUAUUCCCCGAAAACAGAAUUGACAUUCCAGGAUGCCUUGGAUCAUUUGGUUUCAUGAUGUUCUGGUUCCUAAAUGGUGUGAAAAUGGAUGUCAAUACAAUCUUCAAGGCUGAAGCACAUGCAAGACUCACUGGAGUUGCAGCGGCUGCUCUGCCUAUAACGGUUGGCUUACUGCUUUACAAAUAUAAAUCACUUGAGAAUAGACCGCUCAAAGCCAUAGAGUAUAAUACAUUGUUGCUAAUGGAGAGCCUCACGUCCUUCUCGGAAAUCGCGAGACUCUUGCUUGACCUCGGCAUGAACCACUCGUCGGUUGGUCAGGUGGCUUUAUCCACAUCUGUAGUCUCUAAUACGGUUGGACUAAUGUUCUGGUUGGUAAUAGUUCCUCUUGGUUUUCAAUCAUUGGUUCAAGGUGUAGGUCUACUUCUACAAAUGUUCUUCUUUAUCGUCAUUGUCUUUGCUGUUGUGAGGCCAAUAAUGUUUAAAGUAAUCAUACGGAAACGAGAAGGGAGGCCUAUAGAAGACAAAUACAUCUAUGGGAUUCUCGUCAUGGUUUUUUUAUCGUGUAUGUAUUGGGACGGUCUUGAGCAGUUUCCAGCACUUGGAGCUUUCAUUCUUGGUCUUUCUAUUCCUAACGAACAUCUUAUUGGUUCUGCGUUGGUCGAACGAUUAGAGAGCUUCAAUUUUGGUAUUAUAUUGCCUCUCUUCAUGUCAGCUAGUAUGCUAAGGAGUGAUAUAAGAGUUUGGAAAUACAUCUUAACAUUCUAUAGCAGCAAUGACAAGAAGUUCGCAGUUGCGUCUCUCGUUUUGCUCAUAUUCUUGUUGAAGCUUUCUGUCUCAAUGAUCGUACCUUACCUCUUUAAAAUGCCGUUGAAAGACUCCAUUAUUCUUUCCCUUAUCAUGUCUCAUAAAGGUAUAAUAGAAUUAAGUUUCUACCUUUUCUCUUAUGGCCUCGAGCUUUUGGACAGAGAUACCUUCUCGAUCCUAGUUUUGUCUAUUCUCCUAAACUCAUUGUUCCUACCAAUGGCGAUCAGAUUUCUCUAUGACCCAUCAAAGCGAUUCAUGUGCUACCAAAAGAGAAGUUUGGCAAGUAUGAAGAUCAAUGGAGCCCUAAAGACUCUUGUGUGCAUCCAUCGACCAGACCACAUAUCCUCUAUGAUCAACCUUCUAGAAGCUUGUUAUCGAUCAGAAAAUAGCCCUCUCACUUGCUACGUACUUCACCUUGUCGAGUUACAAGGUCAAGAAGUUCCGACUUUGAUCGCACACAAAGUACAGAAACUCGGAGCAGGGGCGGGAGCAAAAUAUUCGGAAAACGUCAUCCUCUCUUUUGAAAAUUUCCACCGUUACGUACGCGGUUCUAUUUUCAUAGACACAUUUACUUGCAUAACAAACUCGCACCAUAUGCAAGACGAUAUUUGUUGGCUAGCUCUCGAUAAAGCUGUCACGUUUAUCAUUCUUCCUUUCCACCGGACAUGGUCUCUCGACCGAACAUCCAUCGUAUCCGACAGUGAAAUGAUCCGGUUUCUCAAUUUCAACAUCUUGAAACAAGCUCCUUGCUCUGUCGGUAUCCUUGUUGAACGUCAUCUUGUUAACAAAAAUCAAGAAUCUCAACAAAACCUUAAGGUGUGUGUGGUAUUUGUGGGAGGAGAAGACGACAUGGAAGCAUUGGCCUUUGCAAAGCGAAUGGCCCGUCAAGAGAGCGUAACAUUAACGGUUCUAUGCCUUCUAGCAGCCAAAAAGAGCAAAAAAGCGACAGGUUGGGAUCAAAUGCUCGACACAGUGAAACUAAGAGUAAGAGAGUUGGUACGAAGCAACGAUCCAGGAAACUUAAAAGAAGAAAGUUCCACGACUUACUUGGAAGAGGAUAUAGUAGAUGGAGCGGAUACAUCAAUGCUUCUACGCUCUAUGGCAUUCGAUUACGACCUGUUCAUCAUAAGCAGAACCUGCGGCCAGAACCACGCUGCGACCCUAGGGAAUGAGAGUUGGUGUGAGUUUGAGGAGCUAGGAGUCAUUGGUGAUUUUUUGGCCUCACCGGAUUUUCCAAGCAAGACAUCAGUCCUAGUAGUUCAACAACAACGAACCAUAGCCAGUAAUUAG